GUCUUCACCAGGUAGUACUCCAUACGGUUCUUUUGAAGUUUCCUUCCCUCCUACUUCCUUUUCUAUUCUUAAGCCUAGUGUCCACUUAAGGAUGGCAGAAAGGUGGUACGAACUACCAGAUAAGGACGUAGCAUUGGCUACUUGUUUGGAUUCAUAUAGAUUCAAUCUGGUUGACCUUACUUCUAUCUUUGGCAAGGUAGCCCUGGUGUUUCAUUUGGCUUGGUUAUCCUCUGAUGAUGAAAACAACUACCCUUUGACAAAAAUGUCUCAUCCAGCACCUCGAGCCGAUUUCCUUCUGGUCUUCAUUGAUACUCUUCGCUUCAUCCGGGAAUUACUUGAUUCUACUGUUGUUAAUGCCUUUGCAGGUGUGCCAAUUAGAGCCUAUGCUACUUCUACCCUUCCUGGGGAAGCGGGUUCUUCCCAUCUUUUUUCGGGUGGUUGCUCUUCUAUUACCUCAUCUCCACGAGGGCAACUUCGUUUUGGUUCUUCUAAAGCUACAAGUGAUACUAAGAGGUUAAAUAAAGGUCUUAGUGAACCUCAACGGGCUAAAGGUGGCCUUACGGGCCCCAAGGCCGUUAAGGGCCGUGCAUGCUACCAAGGGCUGUACAGAAUUACCAAUUCUGCUAAUGGAAAGCGGUAUGCAGGAAGCUCGACUAUUGGCCUUAUACUUUCGCCUUUCAAAGCACUUCAGUCUAAAACAUGGGGUGAAAUACCCCAAACGUUCAACUUAAACCCGUGUAAGAUGACCCAACAAAUUGGCGCUGCUCUAAAUGGUCGUGCCUCACCUCUUGGGCUUGCUAUGCCUUUAGGUGUUGGGGUAGGAAUCUAUGGUGGAGUCUGCCUGGUCUCUGUUAUAUCACAAGCAUUUGAUUGCUUUAUCCUGGCCUCCGGUACCUUAUUAUUGGUACUUGCUACCGGUAUCCUUCCGAUGAAAUCCUUGUAUUACUGGUCCUCAACAAGAGAAGAGAUUACCCAUGACCCUCUUUCUAAGCUUAUCCCUCUUAUUUUACUGAUCAGUACUCUUGGUAUGAGUUGCCUUGUAACUAGUUCUGAUUUGGUUACCGUUUACUUGUCUGUUGAGCUUCAAAGUCUCCCUCUUUACAUCCUCGCCUGCUUGUACCGUGACUCUGAAUCAGCCACUUCUGCCGCCCUGAAAUACUUCCUAAUUGGAGCCCUCUCAAUAGGUUAUAGCGGGUUCCUUAUACCUGUUAUCUUUAUAGGUCUUGCGGUUCUUAUUAAGCUUCCUGCAGCUCCCUUUCAUUACUGGGCCCCUGAUGUCUAUGACGGGGGCUUAACCCAAAUAGGGGGGAUAGUGGUUACCGACCAUUCGGUAUGGGGGUUCAUUCUCCUUGGAUCUGCUCUUCUAUCCCUUGUAUUAGGAGCUCUCCUCGGGUACGAUAAGCCACUUGGGGUUCUUGCUACUUGCUCUAGGGUUGGUUACUCCCCAGGGUCUGGAGGCCUAUCUCUUCUACCUUUUCCAACCUGGGGUGAUUCAACGGUAUUCCUUGAGCAACCAAAACCGGAGAAAGACGAAGAAUCCUAUUGGCUAGAGGGAUUGAGUGUGAUGAGGACAGCCACUACCAAACCCUUGCUGAUAUCAUCUGAAUAUAACCGAAUCA